UAGUGUAGGCUCUUUUUAUAGGCAUUGGACUCUUUUUUUCAGCAGUUGCUAUGGGUAACUGCUCUUUGCUCCUGUCAUCGUUUAUGAUCUAUCAGCGGUUAACUGCCUGUUUGGAGGAGAGCGGAUUCACACGACGCGUUUACGCCGCGGUCAUUAACACUUGCAGACGUGGAACCUCCUCUAGGUCCAGCAGGCGAAAAAAAACACACAUCAAUGACUGACAGCUGUGGUUAUAGGCCCCGCCCAUAACGGCACGCCCCUUUCCAUUUGACAGCCAGCCCCACCCCCUAGUCACGUGUCCUACAUCCAGCCAAGUCCAUUAUUGAGUGUGGGUCCCGCGCUCUUCCUCCCGUACACGCAGCGCUCCCCGGUACGGUCACCUAGCCUACAUGACACGGCGCAGAACUGUGUGGCCGGAAUGUGACAGCCGCCUUACUGACCGCACAGUCCGCACCGGGAACUUUUACCCGCGUUUGCUUCCCACAUAGCUCGCAUAAAGGCAACGCGGGAAAAGACCUGGAUUCAAGUGACUAAGACACGCCCCCUUUUUAUUCACGCCCCCUCCUCAUGUGUGUCCAUUGGUACCGCCCCUUUAUGCACAGCUUCCUAUUGGCUGGUUGCGCUCGGUUUGCCUGCUUCGCCACGCCCUCGUGUCAGCGGCGCUGGACAGUGUGUGUGCCCGGGACCCGCACAGGGCUCGGGGCAGGGGGAGAUCGAGACGCAGCCGUUGGGAUCGUGCGUGAUUUUACAUUCGCUCGGGCACGGAGACGCGGAGGUGCGACUACCGGGGGACGGGAGCCCUGACAUGACGCCUGUGCCCCGCCUGGCACCUGUCACCUAACUUUUGGUAGAGUCUGACUGUAGAACGUCAUACACCGUGCAGAAUGGCCGGACGAACUCGCAGUGAGGAUGAGGAUGACGAAAUUCUUUAUGUCGACCAUGAUUAUGAGGUUCCAGCACAGAAAACUGUGAAGAAAGUCUGGAAUCGAGUCAAAUGGUCCAAAGAAGAGGAUGAAAGAUUGAAGAAACUAGUUGCACAGCAUGGAACAGAUGACUGGGCUCUAGUUGCUUGUCAUUUUAUGAACCGGUCAGAUAUUCAGUGUCAGCAUCGAUGGCAGAAAGUUUUGAAUCCUGAACUUGUAAAGGGGCCAUGGACCAAAGAGGAGGAUCAAAGGGUGAUCGAAUUGGUUCACAAAUAUGGACCGAAAAGAUGGUCUCUUAUUGCAAAGCACUUGAAAGGGAGAAUUGGCAAACAAUGCAGAGAGCGAUGGCACAAUCAUUUAAACCCAGAAGUGAAAAAGUCUUCUUGGACAUUAGAAGAGGAUCGCAUAAUCUACGAUGCUCAUAAGCGUCUUGGAAACCGAUGGGCAGAAAUUGCAAAACUACUUCCAGGAAGGACUGAUAAUUCUAUAAAGAAUCAUUGGAAUUCCACAAUGAAACGCAAAGUAGAACAGGAAGGAUAUUUGCUGGAUUUACAGGAGAAGGAACACCUUUCCAAACAUAAUCAUAAAGCUUGUGCCGCACUUGCGCAUUUGCAGGCACAGAACAUGUACUAUGUGCCCGUCCAAUCUCAAAUUCCAGGAUAUCCUUACAUGUCAUCUGAUGACAGCCGCAUUGAAAGUUCUCAGAACUCUUAUGCCUUCAUUCAGCAGCCCUUUGUUGAUGUGGAUGACCCUGAUAAGGAAAAACGAAUAAAGGAACUUGAAUUGCUGCUUAUGUCAGCUGAGCAUGAAGUCAGAAGAAAAAGAGUGCCAUCUCAGACUGGGAGUUUGUCGAGUUGGUCUGAAACUAUUGUUGUGGAUGACAGCAUGUCUAAUACAGUGAACAGUUUAGAGGAACAGACCAGUGAAUUCUACAGUAUGGAUGACUCCAAGAAUGUCACAGGUCACAUGACUUCUCCGCAGAAUAUAUUGACUGUGGAUCCCAACCCUGUAGGUGCCAUCCCAGGAUUUGAAGCACCAUUUGAUCACAUUGAAACUGACAAUCCCACAUGGAACGAAGUUGCAAGUUUUGAAGCUUCCUUCGAGGUGACUCCUGCCAAAGUGAACUCAGUAAAGCUUAUUCCAGUUCCGGAAGAAGGUUCUGGGGAUUAUGCAUUAUCCUGCAGCUUGGAGCUACUUGACGUGGACAUUGCUAACGUGGAAAAUAAAGUGCCAUUUGUUUCCCCCAUUUUAUCGAAGUUUAGCACGCCUCCAACUAUCCUGAGGAAGAAAAAAAUCCGCAUCAGGCCUUCUCCUGGCUUGAAAGAGAAUGAAAUAUUUGAUUCUAAUGGUCUUCCUAGAAGUACUCCGGUCAAAGCGCUUCCCUUCUCUCCAUCACAGUUUCUCAACAUUUCCUCUGGAAAUGUUCAAGAAUAUUUCAGUCUUGAAAAUCCUGCAUACACUUCCACUCCAAUAUGUAAGCAGAAGAUUCUUACAACUCCCCUGAGGAAACAGACAACCCCUAAAAAGGAAAAGGAGAAUAUUGGAUUUCGUACCCCCACAAUAAGGAGGUCAUUGCUAGGAACACCAAGAACACCGACCCCUUUUAAAAAUGCCCUUGCUGCACAAGAGAAAAAGUAUGGACCAUUGAAAGUUGUGCCACAGCCUCUUGCGUAUCUUGAAGAAGAUAUACGUGAGGUAUUAAAGCAAGAAACUGGAACGGAUAUAUUCCUUAAAGAAGAAGAUGAUGAUCCUGCGUAUAAGGCAGAAAAACAGCGGGUGUUUGCUGUUAAGAAGGUCCGAAAGUCCUUGAUUCUCGAUGCUUGGGACAAAGAGGAGUUGGGUGCUCAGCUGUUAGCUGAUGACCCUCCUGACACUCAGAAUGAAAAGGAAAUUAAGACUGAGAAUAGUCUUUGUGGGUCUUCAGUAACAACAUUUAUGGCUAAAGAGGAUGACUGGAGAUGCAAAUAUAGCCCUGAGAAGAAUGUACUUUCAAGAAAGAAGCCAAAUGCUGACUUCAAAGAAAUCAAAAUGGAAAGAUUUGACCAGCCCUUUUAUGAAUGGGAAGCAGUUGUAUUUGGGAAGACAGAAGACCAGCUGAUCAUGACGGAACAAGCGAGACGUUAUCUUGACAGCUACAAGCCAUCCACCAGACCUCUCGUCCUAUGAAUGGAGGAUAUUUAAGCGGGGAAUCCAGUUCCCCUUUAUACAUGCACUAAAAUAGGACUUUUCCAAAA